CUUCCCUAUUCAUUUCUGAAUCCUCUUCUCCGCUAAAUCUUCCCUUCUUCCCAUUUCUGCAAUCCAUUUUUCACUUCGGAUUAACUAAAUCUUCGCUCCUCAAAACCCCACUGAUCUUCCUCACAACUCAAAUUGAGAUUUCCUAAAUUUUGUUUUGAUCGAAUGAAAUGACCGCUAUAUUCAAAUUCACCAACAUGAAGCCAUGUUGUAGAAUCCUGUUGCCCUCCAAAAACACCCUUUUUCUCCCCAGGUCCUCUAAUUUCUUGCCCAAUCCCAAUUAUUGCUCCGCUUUCCAAUUGCAUACCUCUGCGCCCAGUUCUUUCGGCUUGAAAGCCAUUCUAGGUCGGACGAACUCGGCAUGGGGCCAAUCGAGAAUCUUCUCCAGCUCCCGCCAUUUCAAUUUCAGCAAUAGGUCGAGGACCCCUUUUUUGGUCGCCAGAGAUGCGCCGGAUUUGAGGAAUUUCUCAGCGUCGGUGGAGAGCCGCGCCAACGACAAGAAUUUCGACAGAAUUUACGUGCAGGGCGGCAUCAAUGUGAAGCCGCUGCAAGAGGAGAAAAUCAGUGCGGAUGAGAGGGUUGAGGGUGGGGUAAAUGUGCGGAAGAGUGAAUGGUCGAGGGAGGUGGGGAAGGAGGAGUCUGAGAUGGAGAAGGAGGCGUGGAAGCUACUGAGGAACGCCGUCGUCACGUAUUGCGGGAGCCCUGUGGGCACUGUGGCGGCGAAUGAUCCCAAUGACAAAACGCCGCUUAACUACGAUCAGGUGUUUAUAAGGGAUUUCGUCCCUUCCGCCUUCGCCUUUCUGCUCAAGGGUGAGGGAGAGAUCGUCAGGAACUUCUUGCUUCACACCCUGCAGCUGCAGAGUUGGAAGAAAACGGUGGAUUGCUAUAGUCCUGGACAAGGAUUAAUGCCAGCAAGUUUUAAAGUUAGAUCUGUUGCUCUAGAUGAUAAUAAGUUUGAAGAAGUUCUUGAUCCAGAUUUUGGGGAAUCGGCUAUUGGCCGUGUAGCUCCUGUAGAUUCUGGACUCUGGUGGAUUAUCUUACUGCGGGCUUAUGGGAAGCUUACCGGGGACUACGGAUUGCAGGAAAGAGUGGACGUUCAGACAGGGAUAAAACUUAUUCUAAAUCUCUGUUUGUCAGAUGGUUUCGACAUGUUUCCCACUUUACUUGUUACAGAUGGUUCCUGUAUGAUAGAUCGACGGAUGGGUAUUCAUGGUCAUCCAUUGGAGAUUCAAUCCUUAUUUUACUCAGCACUUCGCUGCUCUCGUGAGAUGCUUGCGUUAGACGAGGGAUCCAAGAAUUUGGUGAGGGCUAUCAACAAUAGACUCAGUGCGUUGUCGUUUCACAUAAGGGAAUAUUAUUGGGUUGAUCUGAAGAAAAUUAAUGAGAUCUAUCGCUAUAAGACUGAGGAGUACUCCACUGAAGCCACUAACAAAUUUAAUAUAUACCCUGAUCAAAUUCCUCAUUGGUUAAUGGAUUGGAUUCCUGAGACAGGCGGUUAUCUGAUUGGCAACUUACAGCCAGCUCAUAUGGAUUUUAGGUUCUUCACUCUCGGAAACCUCUGGUCCAUUGUAUCAUCUCUGGGUACCCCGAGACAGAAUGAGGCUGUAUUAAAUCUGGUAGAAGCCAAAUGGGAUGAUCUUAUCGGUCAAAUGCCACUUAAAAUAUGUUACCCUGCUGUAGAAUCAGAAGAGUGGCGAAUAAUCACUGGAAGCGAUCCUAAGAAUACACCUUGGUCGUAUCAUAACGGUGGAUCCUGGCCAACACUUCUGUGGCAGUUCACACUGGCGUGCAUGAAGAUGCAUAGGACGGAUCUGGCGAAGAAGGCUCUGGACAUAGCUGAGAAACGGCUUUUUCUGGAUGGGUGGCCUGAAUACUACGACACGAGGAGUGGGAAGUUUAUAGGGAAGCAGGCGCGAUUGUACCAGACAUGGUCUAUUGCAGGAUACCUGACAUCGAAGGUCCUGAUGGAGAAGCCCGAUGCAGCUGCCCUUUUGUUCUGGGAGGAAGACUACGAUAUCCUCGAGAACUGUAUUUGCGCUUUGAGCAACUCAAACCGCAAGAAGUGCUCGCGCAGGCUUGCCAAGUCUCAGAUUCUGGUCUGAUCUAUUUCUACUUUGAUUUGAUUCGAAAGAACACCAUACGUAUACACUAUACAUGUAUUGCUAAUGUACAGACGAUAGGAUAGUAGUUUUUCCAUUUGUUAUACUAUGUUGUUGAAGCCAAAUGUUGUAUACUAUAUAUAGAUAUAUAGCAAAGGGAAAAUAGGAGAGCCCUCUUAUAUUUUGGAAGGGUGGGCUUGGCCUAUGAGUGUUGCGUGGAUGCAACACAUUGUACUACUAAUAGAUAGGUGAGGAUUAUUUUCAUAUUCAUGAACUAUUAAUUUAAGUUCCAUUUCUCUA